AUGGCUCGAGUGGAGGAGUCCCACUAUCGGCGCUUGUUCCGCGAGUUUUUGCGCCAGAGCUCCAUCAAUGGCCUGCAUCCGUUCCUCUACCCUUCACCCGUUCGUUAUGCCAAAGCUCUCUGGCUGGCUCUACUCACCGCCAUUGUGAUCUACACCCACAUUGAGAUCGUUAGUCUCACCCAGGAGUACCUGGUGCAACCCACCGAGAUCCACAUGGCCCCCGACCUGGUGCACGUGGCCAACAGCCCCUUUCCCGCGGUGGGAGUUUGCACCGCCAACAAAAUCAGUCAACGCCUGCUCCGGAAUUAUGCCGAAAGACUAUUCCAUCACCAGGGCAACUCCUCACUGCAGGCGGUGGCCCUAGAUGUGGACGAUAUGGCCGAUCGCCUGCUGGUGCUGGCUCAGUUCUACCUGUACCCGCUCGAAACAGAACGUUGGAAUGCCUCGGAGCUGGACGGCCUGCACCGGCUGCUCUUCAGUUACUACAACGAUAAUGGGUACUCGGUGCGCGACAUACUGAGGGACUUGUCGCCCGACUGCGGGGACCUGGUGAUCAGGGGCAUUGUCUUCGGGGCGCCCGUCAACACCACCCGACUGUUCCUCAAGCGACCCACCUCUUCGAAUGUGUGUUGCAUGUUUAACUUCAGACGCACCAGCCAUUCCCAAUCGCCGAGCAAGCGAGCUGAGGACGAUGCCGCAAUGAGAGCCGUUCCGAGGAUUGUCUUUGAAUCGAAUUCCAUAUUGAACAGCGUUCAGUUCGUACUGCAGGAUACCCCAAAGGAAGACAUCACGAACACCUUUCACACCAAUAAUGCUUUUCAUCUUACUAUAUUUCCCCAAGAGGACUAUCCCACCAUUCAAUCCACUACUUUGGGAGAGGUGCUUGUGGAUCAUAACACCAUAGUGGAAAUACCCAUUCAGCCCAUGUUUUUUAGCACAAGCGAUCAAGUUCGCGGAGUUCCGCCGCAAAUACGACGUUGUUACUAUCCAGAAGAAGGCAGUCGAUUGUUAAACCAAUCGCACUACUCCCUGGACGAGUGCCUCCUGGUCUGCCGCAUCAAGAGCAUGGUGGAGCAUUGCGGCUGUGUGUCCCCUCCCAUGGCGGGCAGUUCCAUGGAUCUCUCCUAUUGCAUGCUGCCAGAUCUUCCCUGCCUGAUGAAGUGGAAAAACAUUUGGUAUGGCUACAGUGAGUUCGCCUACCUGCAGAACAAUGAGGAGCAUUUGGCCCAACGGAAAUGCGAAGAGUGCCUGCCCUCCUGCAAUGGGGUAACUAUGGGCAUCACCACCAAUGUCGCUCCCCUAAGACGGAACCUAAAUAGCACAGGAUAUCUUAACGGAUUACUAAAGGGUUUGACCAACGAUCGACCUUUGGCCAUCAUAAAGCUUUUCUUUAAACUGCGGUUCGCCCAGGCCACAAAGUCUCAACUGGUCAGCACUUGGGUUGUUCUUCUGAAUCGUUUUGGAGGCAUCCUCUCCCUUAUGUAUGGCUUCAGCAUAGUCAGUUACAUAGAGAUUCUAUACUACCUUACAGGAAAAGGAUUUGUCUACGUUUACAGAUCACUAUCAGAUAAAAAUCACAGGAAUCUCAACUCCUCUAGAUCCCUUUACUGGCAUGAGCUUAAGGUCAAGGGCGAUAAGAGCCUGCCACGAGAAGAAAACCCUCGCAAAUAA